CCGACCUGUGUAGACACUGUUUGCAUAUUGUCAGCUGAUGCCGGUGCAGAGCGUGGCGACGUCAGACGCAGCCUUGAUGAGAUCUGUGCAAGUCGGGGUCUGUGGAGGCUGCUGCAGACCGAAACGGUGCACAGAAAGGAACCGGAUCACCUAUUCAGGGGCAGGGCGGCUGUUUCAGCAAAUAAAUAUUCACUUCUAAAGGAUUCGUUGAACAUUUGGCUCUGGAAGAGAAAGCAGAAUGGACAACCACAAAAGGACGGUUGUUGUGACAGGGUUUGGUCCAUUUGGAGAACACUCAAUCAACGCCAGCUGGGUUGCAGUUCAGGAGCUGAAAAAGUUGGGCCUUGGCAACGAGGUGGAGCUGCAUGUGUACGAGGUUCCUGUGGAGUACCAGACUGUCCAAACUCUAGUGCCUUCACUGUGGAAGCAGUACCACCCGCAGCUGGUGGUCCAUGUUGGACUUUCUGGAAUGGCAACAACAGUGACCCUGGAAAAGUGUGGCCAUAACCACGGCUACAAGGGGCUAGACAACUGCAGCUUCUGUCCAGGCUCUCAGUGCUGUGUGGAGGGAGGUCCUGACUGCAUAGACUCUGUCAUUGACAUGGACUCCGUCUGUAAAAGAGUCGCUGCUUCAGGACUGGGGGUUGCAGUCUCUGUAUCGAAGGACGCUGGCAGAUACCUGUGCGAUUUCACCUACUACACCUCCCUGUACCUGAGCCACGGCCGCUCCGCGUUCAUCCACGUGCCCCCGCUGGGCAAGCCCUACACUGGGGAGGACCUGGGCCGGGCACUGCAGGCCAUUGUGCGAGAGAUGCUGGACAUCCAAGAGCAGAGUGAGGCGAAAAUCAACUGUCAGCAUGCACACUGAAGACCCCGGAGACAGAGAGAGAGAGAGAGAGAGAGAGGGCUAGAGAAACCUCGUGGAACAUUGCACUUAGGGAAAAAUAAAAAGAUCAUGCCUCAACAAUAAUAAAAACCCAAAUAUGAAAGAAGCUUGUGAGAGCGGGUCGGGACAUGAACUCGUUUGACAGGGGAUCUGCUCAAAUACUCCACGCAGACGACGUGCUGUCAUGUGACCUUCCUCCUCUCUGCCAAGAUUCCAAGUCCAGCAAUUUAGAUCCAGCCACUUUCACCUACUCAGAACCUCAACUGGUGCUAGUUUAUGCUCUAAACUGCUUGUACAUUAAGAAGUCUAGGCACAAGAAUCCAAGUUCUGGUCAAGAUUUAUACCAGCUAGCCUAAUUGGUCACUUGUGCCCCCUGGUCAUAACUUUUGUACAAGAUCCUACAAACGUGCAUUAGUAUACAACAAAGAAUGAUCAAGAUACCUUAGAAGUAAAAUAUGAAAUAGGUUAAUUGUUUUUUAUAUAUAAUCUAUCUUUUAGUUUUGUGAUCUAGUAUUCUAUGAAGACAGUCUUUUUAAUAUUUUCAAAUUGUAUACAAAUAUAUAUACAAUUACUACUUUGUUUUGUAUACCUCCCUAUAAUUAUAACAAAAAACUUUUUUCUUGAGUUUGCUUGAGUUUUAAAUACUCCAUUUCAAACAAGUGUAUUUUUUUUAGAGAGCUCUAAUCCAGAUUACAGUACAUUUGCCAGUUGAAGUGAACAUAGUUUUUACUACAAAACCGUUUCAAUUAAAUUACAUGGUUCAAAACUAAUUUGCGUAGCAGUAAAUAGAAAAAAACAAUUCCUGUGAUUUCUAUUGUUCUAACAUGUCAUAUCUGUGAUCCUGUGUGUUGAAACAGUAGCACUUGUUCAUUAAGAACACAUGUUUUAAUAGAUUAUUCCCCUUGUCACCUUGUUCCUUAAGCAGAACCGUAUGGCCUUCAGCUAGGGAUAUCUUUAAACUAUUGCACUUGCAGUAGUACUGUGAAUCGGUCCUAUUAGGUAGAUAACGGUAAGGUAGACUCUAGUUUUGACUCUUUUCUAAUUCCAUGAUUUUUGUUUCCAUUAAAUUCUAAUGUGAAUUAUUCUUAUUACAUUUCCAGUAUAUUAUUCUCAUUCUAUUUCUAGUGGUGUGGUUUAUAGAUGGUAUUUGUAGGAUCGUUUUUGAAAUGUGAUCUGUAUUGUAACCACAUUUUAUUGUUGUUUUUGGUUGGUAGAGAUGUGCAGCCUCCCAAACUUUCCAUUUCCACACUGAGCUUAAUCCAAAUGGCAUCCAUUAUUUUAAGUGCACUACAGUAAAUUCAAAAACUUGUUUCAUCAGUCUAUGAAACCCCUUGUUCCGAUGUCGCACUUGGGCUGCUGUCGGUCCUGCUUCUAGUCUACAGUCCAGUCUGCAAACAGACACAAACGUAAAAUGUUACCUCCGAGUUCAUACAUUUUCAUCUCUUUCCAAUGCCUCCGGGACCUGAUAUACAAGUACAAAUAAAAAGAUUUGAGCUUGGACUCUGUAUCAGAUGGAAGCAUGGCUGUAGUCGGGUUCCCAAACUCGUGCUUUCAUCAGUGUUGGUCUGAAUGGCAGUUGUAUAUUUUCAGUACAUCAGUGUUGUCAUAAAACUUGCUUGCUUGUCAGAAUGGACAGGUUAAGCAGCUUGACCGAGAGAUCCCAUUCGUUCUGCUCAAUUUAACAGCAAGUAGGAUCAACAGAACUGUAACUGUCCUAAAGGGAAUCAUGUACAGCUAUUUCAUGGAUGGGUUAGUGCUUCAUAGCAUUAUCACUGGGUCUGCUUUCAGUGCUAAAAAUCGGUUGGUUCUUCUGGCUUUUUAGCAGGAUAUGCAUUGUGCUGUGGGUCACAUGACUCUGAUUGCAAUUAGACCAUUGGAGUAGAUCUGACCUGCAUCGGAGGAAGUGGUUAGGUACCGGGGAAGCAGCAACAGAUGUGCGUUUUUUCAUUAUUUUAAUGUUGAGGUAUUUUGCCUAUUGAUUCUGAAAUAUUUUUUCUUGAUGCAUAGUGCCACCUGCUGGGUCGAUAUUGUAUGUUUUUUUUUUUUUUUUUAAAGGGGAUGCAGCAGCUUCUUUAGCGUUAUAUUUUAAAUAUGUCCAGAACAAACAUAAACAAGUGAAGAACCAAAUGAUUAUUGGCACAAUAAAACCGGUACCAAGAAUUAUAGUAAUAAAACAACUAAGUGUUCAUUUCACCUGUUUGCCAUUAGCGUUGUUUAUCCCUUAUUCGAAGCGACUGGAGUCCCAUGUUUCUUCCACAUUACCAGUUUAAAACCAUUGGACACGGUGAGCAUUAGGAAGCCUGCCCGUCUCUUCUGAUUAUAGAGGUGGUGUUGGUGUAUGAAAUCAGUCUGCAACCUUGGAGUAACAGUACUGUAGUGUGUCACAGCUGCUCCAGACCGCUGGCGGCACUGAUUUUGACACAGACGUGGCGUAAGGUGGCAUUACUCUACUUAGGCUUGUUUAAGCUGUUUUGUUUAAAUCAAUAAGGAUGUAAAGUCCUUAAAAAAAAAAAAAUAAUAAUAAUAAUAAUAAUAAUAAUAAUAAAAAAUACAAGUUCCACAGGACGUUGUUGCCUCUGUGUCCCCUUUGUGUAGCCAACCCAGUGAAUCAUGAAAGCGUGUUCUGAACUGAGCAUUGGAAAGCAGUAUCUGCAGGGUGACAGUCCUGUUGUAUUUCAGUGCCACUUUGGUUCUGUGUGCAGUUCUUGCAGUGUGUAUUGAAAGUAGUGGUGGUGAUGUACAGCACUAUAUUGUGUGAAAUCAUAAGCCAGUAAAUUUGGUAUUUGUCUGAAAAUGUUUAGUAGCUGCUCCCUUAUUGGGGGGGUUAUCGGGGUCAAACCAAUCGAUCAUUUGAGGACCUAUCUAGUGUACUGCAUGAAGAUCCAUCACAGUAUACAGAACUAUCUAGUGUACUGCACGGAGAUCCAUCACAGUAUACAGAACUAUCUAGUGUACUGCAUGCAGAUCCAUCACAGUAUACAGAACUAUCUAGUGUACUGCAUGGAGAUCCAUCACAGUAUACAGAACUAUCUAGUAUACUGCAUGAAGAUCUAUCACAGUAUACAGAACUAUCUAGUGUACUGCAUGAAGAUCUAUCACAGUAUACAGAACUAUCUAGUGUACUGCAUGAAGAUUCGUCACAGUAUACAGAACUAUCUAGUGUACUGCAUGGAGAUCCAUCACAGUAUACAGAACUAUCUAGUAUACUGCAUGAAGAUCUAUCACAGUAUACAGAACUAUCUAGUGUACUGCAUGAAGAUCUAUCACAGUAUACAGAACUAUCUAGUGUACUGCAUGAAGAUCUAUCACAGUAUACAGAACUAUCUAGUAUACUGCAUGAAGAUCUAUCACAGUAUACAGAACUAUCUAGUGUACUGCACGGAGAUCCAUCACAGUAUACAGAACUAUCUAGUAUACUGCAUGCAGAUCCAUCACAGUAUACAGAACUAUCUAGUGUACUGCAUGAAGAUCUAUCACAGUAUACAGAACUAUCUAGUGUACUGCAUGGAGAUUCGUCACAGUAUACAGAACUAUCUAGUGUACUGCAUGAAGAUUCGUCACAGUAUACAGAACUAUCUAGUGUACUGCAUGAAGAUCCAUCACAGUAUACAGAACUAUCUAGUGUACUGCAUGCAGAUCCGUCACAGUAUACAGGUACAGUGACCUGCUGAUCUGAUCCAGUCGGUGGUUUGUUUUGUGCUUCAUCCUGAACUACAAAACCCUUGAUUUAAUGGUAAAUUUUAGAAAUCCUAAAAAGUCUUUCUCAAUGAAGAAAUGAAGUUUCUUUAAGUAUUUCUAAACUGAGCAUAAUCAGUAACACACUUACAAAUGCCAUAGAACCGUCUUGUAUUUGACACUUUGCAUACUUCUCAUUCAAAAUACUUCACUCUAACUCUUGUAUUUUGUUUUCUCUCCCUCUCUGACGGGCUGAACUGUAAUACAGACGUGUUGGUCUCUGUUUGCAGUAGUAUUUUAAAUCCCUAGUGUGGAGCGUUCCUGUCGUUGCGAUGGAGUGCUUCGGAUUGUCGUUCAGUUCAGGUUUGUGGGAGUCUACUCUGUUUAAUACAGUCUCACUGUAUAAAGCAGCUUGACAUGUAGGGACCCAGAUUCUUUACAGCUGUGAGCUCUCUGUGUUAUUGUCUAUCUGCAGUGCCUUUUAAACCACAUUGUUAACUGGAGUGUUGUAAAGGGCUCUGUCUUGCUAGUAAAUAAUAAUUAUUAUUACUACUGCUGGCUUGUACGAAAUAUAAUGACAGUUUUGAGUGACACUGUUUAAGCUCAAUAUAUUUUCAAUAUAGAUCGAAUACCUACCUCUCUUAUAUUGUUCCCCUCCUUUUGAAAUGUAAUUUUCUGAUUUCGGGGUUGUACCGUAUUUAAAUAUGGCACCUAGCUUUAUAUUGGGUUCCACUGUAAAGGAAAUGUAUUUUCCAGUAAAAUUUGUUAUCAGACUUUUCAGCUGAACCUCUUAGUCUUUGUAACUUUGUAAGUGACAUUGAAAUUAAAAUUGGGACAAAAAAAGGGUCAACGCACCUUUUUUUUAAUUGAAAAUAUUCAUGUUUAAAAAAUUAAAUAAACAAUUGAAAAUCUU